AGCCGGGAGGUGCCGAGGGAGCCAUCUGCGGCACGGGGAGAGCCCGCCCUGCGCCGGGGGGCUCUGCGUGGCGCUUCUCUAUUUCAUACAUAUAUAUUUAAUUUCUUUAUAUAUUUUUUUAUAUUUUUUUUUCCUCCCGUUUUGCCGUGGUGAUGCCCCCGGCGUAGCGAGGGGAGGGCGGCGUUGGAGCGGCGGCCGCACGUCCCCCCCCCCACCCCCCCACCCCAGCGGCAGCGCCGGCGCCUCGCUGCCCGCCGCCCCUGCAGCACCGGGGGCUCGCCGUGCUCCCCCCCUUCCUCCUCCUCCCCGCGGCCACCGGCAGCCCGGCGGGGGCUCCUCGAGGAUAAAGAGCCUCCUCCCUCGGCGAGGAAAAAAAAAUUAAAAUAUUAAGAGGGAGGAGGGAGAAGGGAGCCGCGCACAACAUGGCCACUCUGCUGCGGAAAAUCGGUCUGAUUCGGCUGCACAGCCGGGACACGGAGGACCCCAAGCACCACCACCACCACCACCACCACCGCGGCAGCAGCGGGCAGCAGGGCUCCUCGCUGCGGGGCCGGGGCGGCCAGAAGAACAGCAGCAACAAGCCCCAGCCCAGCGAGAGCAGCCCCGGGGGCCGCAAGGACAAGAAGGCGAGCGGCAGGGAGAAGCCCCGGGAGGCGGCCAGGGAGCCCGCGGCCGGCAAGGAGGCGGCCCAGCAGCAGCAGCAGCAGCACGGGGGCGGCCGGCACGGCUCCGGCUCGGGCUCCGGCUCCUCCGGCUCCGGGGCCGGCUCCGGGCCGGUGGCGCCGCCGUCGGGGCCCGGCCCGCUGGCACCCGCGGGCCGGCAGCAGCACUGCACGCAGGUGCGGAGCCGUCGUCUGAUGAAGGAGCUGCAGGACAUCGCCCGGCUGAGCGACCGCUUCAUCUCGGUGGAGCUGGUGGACGAGAGCCUCUUCGACUGGAACGUGAAGCUGCACCAGGUGGACAAGGACUCGGUGCUGUGGCAGGACAUGAAGGAGACCAACACGGAGUACAUCCUGCUCAACCUCACCUUCCCCGACAACUUCCCCUUCUCGCCGCCCUUCAUGAGGGUGCUGAGCCCGCGCCUGGAGAACGGCUACGUCCUCGACGGCGGAGCCAUCUGCAUGGAGCUGCUCACCCCCCGCGGCUGGUCCAGCGCCUACACGGUGGAGGCCGUCAUGAGGCAGUUCGCGGCCAGCCUGGUCAAGGGGCAGGGCCGUAUCUGCAGAAAAGCUGGCAAAUCAAAAAAGUCGUUCAGUCGAAAGGAAGCUGAAGCAACAUUUAAGAGUUUGGUGAAGACCCAUGAAAAGUAUGGGUGGGUCACUCCGCCCGUCUCUGAUGGCUGAUGUUAGCAACCUGCACUUGACAAAAAUGCUGAACAAAAGUACUGUGACAUCUCCUCAGUGCUGUACACCGCCCAUCCUUUUCUACUUCAGCUUCAGUUACAUACCAUGAAUGUCAAGGAGACAUCUAAGUUAUUUAUGAACAGAUGUGUUUACAGAGGGAGAGGAAAAAAAAGAUGCUGUUUAGGAUUAUGUUUCAAGACUGGAGAAUGGUCGUCAUUGAAGUCACUUGAGCGGAUGUUGAGAUUGCAUCAUUUGCCCCCAUACAGCCCACAUUGUCUUCAGCUUCUUUCCAUGACAGCAGCACCAAACAGCAGUAUUGGAAAGUCUAUCCAUUACUGCUCAGUUCAUUUAAAUGUAAAUGAAACAGUUAAUAUUUAAUAGGGAAGCAGUGCAUUGCAGGUACAUGUUUGCUGUGCUGUUUAUCUUUGUCUCCUAGCAGGUCAACAUAACUUGAAGAUUUGUCUUUAUGUGGAACUGUGGUCUGCUGUGACUAAAUUUAGACCUCAUUUGUGCUCAAUAUAUGACCUUUAAUUCAUAAAUGAAACCGGAAUUAAAAUGAUGAAAGGUCCUAGUGUUGACAAAUUAUUAAGUGGAAUCACCCAACCGGUUACAAUGUGCUAUCUAUGCUGAUAUUGUGAUGUGCUGUUCAGAAAUAAACCAGUGCAGUUAGCUGAAGGUUAGGUGGUUUUUUUAACACAUCCAUGCCAGGGCUUGAAGUGGUUGGUGGUAGCAGAAGCAUUAUUACCCUGUCAGUACCUUCUGCGGUCGCAUGUGGCCCCUCAGUUCUUCAAAACGGCAAAACAAACAAGUGGAAAUGGACAAAGCAACCUUAAAAAUUAUCUGCUUAAUUUUGAAAUGAUAUGCCAGUAACAGAGUAAAACAUUUUCAAAGCAAAUGAAACAUGGUUUGUAAGAUGAUUUGCAUGACUGGAUUUUUCUUUUUUCUUUCUACUCAGUAGACAUUGUAUGUACUUAGAGCCCAGUAUCUGAGAAAACCCACUGAUGUAUAUAAAUGUCCUAUUAUUUAAUCAUUAAGAUUUAAGUUUUCUGGUAAACAAAUGGAAAAAGUUUCUAAGGGACUCCAUAAAAGCUGAAGGUAAUGUUUAGAAUGGUAUAAGGAAAGCAUUAAAAAAUGUGGAUUCCAAAUGGAAAAUCGUAUUGGACACAUGCUGAAUAAAAUCACCAGUAUCGUUUU